GCCGUCAUGGAUCGCAGUUGAUUUGUCGGAGCCUGUUUAAUGGCAUGUUUACUGUCCAAAGUUUUUAAAUUGUAUUCCAAUAUAAUUUUAAAAAGCAUUUAGUGAAAUAAGUUGAGCUUAUUUUAUAAUUAUCAUAAUAAAUAAAGAACAUGGCUGUGAGCGUGUGUUGUUGUGUGAAAUUGUCACCUAACAAAAAAUCGAUUUUUGGUUUCGGUAUGCAGACCCAAAUAUUGUAUUUCCUAUUGUUUGCUGGAUUUUUGGUGACCCAUAGCACUGCGGACGCGGAAAUGUCAUGUGCAAAUGUGAAAAAUAUUUUUGAGAAAAAAGGAAUGUUAUCUAUGAUUGAUUUACAAGAAAAACCAACUUCAGAUGCCGGGGAAUUAUGUUCAAACAAAGGAUGCUGCGGGCCCAAUGCACGGCCUCGACUCACACAACAAGCGCAUACGCAGCUAGAAGGGGCGCUAAGAACAGAGCUUACCAAGUUAGCCGAUAUCCUAGGGAACAAGGCGAAGAAAUUUGAUGAAUUCUUCCGGAAACUACUACAGCUCUCGCGCGAGGAGUUCCACGCUAUGUUCAAGCGCACGUACGGAAUGAUUUACGAACAGCAUUCCUAUGUCUUCGUGCAAUUGUUUGAGCAAUUGGAAAGAUAUUACACACGCGGCGAUUCCAAUUUCGACGAGAUGAUGGACAGUUUCUUUGGAAUCCUAUAUCAGAAGAUGUUCACGGUCCUCAAUUCGCAGUACAGCUUUGAUGAGAAGUAUUUAAAAUGCGUGAGUGAACACAUGCGAGAUAUUCAACCAUUUGAGGACGUGCCUUCAAAAUUAUCAGUGCAACUCCGACGAGCUUUCGUCGCCACACGCACCUUCCAUAAGGCUCUUCGCGCUGGGGCUGACGUUGUUAGAAAUAUGAUACAGGUGGGUGUAAAGCAAGAAUGUAUAUUAGCGUGGGCGAAACUUCGCUUCUGUGGCGGCUGCGCGGGCGAUGCGACUCUCGCCUGUAGUAGAUAUUGCCACAACGUCAUUCGAGGGUGUCUGCCUGCACAUGCAGAUUUGAGCGAGCAAUGGGAUGCUUAUGUUGAUGCCGUUGAAAAAGUGGCUGACCGUCUUCUUGGUCCAUUCAACAUAGCCAUGGUGGUUGGUCCAAUCGACAUCAAAAUAUCUGAAGCAAUCAUGAGCUUCCAGGAGCACAACCAAGAGAUAUCCCAGAAGAUCUUUUCUGGUUGCGGUAAGCCGGUCUUAGGCGGUUCGGGUGGCAGUACCGGCCCAUUCUUCGCGCCAGACAGAGCUAGACGUUUCGCUCGCUCCAUACCAGACUUCGACUGGAAUAAGUCGAACGACGUGGACGAUUUCGUUAUAGAAACGUCAUUGGAAACCGUUGUGAAUAACGACCCGUCGCUAAUAAGCCUCCGGACCCCGGAGGAUAUUCGUAAAGCGACGGAAGAGUUGAAGGAACAAGCAAAAUCGAGAUCUCGGUUCCUUCAGUAUAUGAAAGGAGAUAUAAGCUUGCAGCAGUUCGAGCAACAUGAAAGAGAAAAGAGAGAUGCAGAGGCAGGAGAUAUCGACUUUAGAGCGUUCGAGUUCGAUGGAAAACGUGGCUCGAAGAAGAAGAAGCCAGUUGCAACCAAAGUUGAGGAGAGUCAUGGCGCAGAAGGCGGUCCCGCGUUAGAACGUUUAGUACGUGAAACGCGUGCACGCGUACGUAGUUCGCGUCGCUACUGGGCGCAUCUGCCAGCGUUGCUUUGUGCCUCUACAAGUAUUACGUCAGCGCCUUGUUUCAACGGAACGCAUGUGGCUACGUACACAGCAAUCGCCGCAGGAGAUGGUACUGCAGCGCUUGCUUCGAACCCAGAAGUUCGAGGACCGCCUCCACAGCCAUCCGCCAUUGCAAGAGCACAACUUGAUUCUCUCAAGUCUCUUACUGCGAGACUUAAAGACGCUUACAACGGCGUCGAAGUACAGUGGAAGGAUUCAGCUGAAGACUUACAAGCGGCAGCUGCCAGCGAUGACUUUGUGGAAACCGCUGGAUCUGGAUCCGGCUCCGGAGACCACACAGACGACACUGAAGAUCUACCUGAUGACGAUGAUGAAGACAGGAACCCUGAUAGCGAUUAUCCUGAAGGAUCUGGCGACCACCAGCCAGAAAUCGAGACUACCGAGCCGGAACCAGAAAACCGGCCACCCAUACCACAAGUGCCGUUCGUUCCAGAGAUCAUCGACAGUCCAGACACAAAUAAUGUUCAGCCACGCGUCCAUACCGAAUCAGGUAUUGUUCCGGUCGAAACCGAAACGGUGGAAACCGCUCAAGAGGAACCGGUUGCAGGGUCAGCAGACAGACCGUCGCUCCCUAAAGCUCUAUUUACGUACGCCCUCCCAGUUGUAUGCGCGUGGUUCGGUACUAUUGUUACUGACCUGUUUUAAAACUCCGGCGUCUGCAUUUAACAUCGCAAAUUAGUAGCUAGAUGACAACUUAAUUAAACAUAUAGAAUGACAAACAUUUUGGCUUGACUCUAAUUUCUACUACUAAAUGCGCUUUACGGUCAAACGUCUCCGUAUACAGUCCUGGUAUUAAGGAGUAAAAGGAGGACUUUAAGGAGUUUGUUUAGUAAGUUUAAAGUCUAUGUAUUCUAACUAUUUCAGUACGAAGAUCAAGAGUUAUAUGGGUUUGAGUUGUCAUAUAUCUAUAUCGUUAACGAGUUAGCAUAAUAAUUUAUUAUAGUAUAGCGUCUCCUAUAACAUGUUCCGUUAAAAGCGAGUACGUCGGAAGACCUAGUCAAGAAGUCAGUGCGCGAACGUCGUCUUACGCACGCUAUACAAUACUCAAAGGCCGAUCGAAUAUACCUUACUCUUUCAUUUAGCACACAUUAAACAGAGACAACAACAAGCUUCUUUCUAUAUUAAAUUGGCUUUUGCGUAUUUAUAAGCUUUCAGUGCGUAGAUUAUCCACAGGUUCGCGGGUGAGUGAUCGACAAUAAACUUUAUCCCAAUGAAAAUUAGGUCGUUGUUAGAGAAUCAGCCAAAUUGUGUAUUUAUUUAAUGAUCUUGUAAAUAUUAUGUAAAUUAUAAUCGAGUUAGAUAGCGAAUGUUUUACGUCACCUCGUAUGAUCUUAGCCGAGUUCGCGCCAUAUUUUAGAAGCGAUAUGAAUUGGGAAUAUGUAAAUAUUUUGGCGCGAAAUACGGUGUAAUAUGAAACGUUUUAAAUUGUAAAUACAUUAGUCGUUAAACUAAUUAUAAGUUGAGACUGAUUCGCUUUUCUUUUUAUCCUCGUAUUUUUUAUGUAAUUACAGAAUAUAAAAAAAAACGAUUUACUUGUAAUUGCAUUUUAUUUGUCCUAAGUUUAACCGACUGACGUUUAGGUAAAAUUGCUUUAUUCAUUUUAUUUUAAUGCGUUGAUAUGUUAUUUAGCUUCCAGUAACUCAUACUGUAUAUAAUUUCUUAUCAAUGUAGACCUUUUUCAGUCUUUUAGUGAGUUUUAGGUAGCCUAGGCGUUAACUAAGAUCUUUAUACCAUUAGUCAUUUUUUACGCACAAUAAUGAACUAAUACGAAUGUAAUCAAAUAUUAUGUUUGAAGGCAUAUUUAUUCGUGCAAGUGUGGGACCAAAAACUAAAUUCUUUAUCAACAUAUUGUGCCAUCUACUUAAUAAUUGAACGCUGUAUAUUCUUCGCAUUUCAACUAACUUGCACAUUUAUUAUUGCCAUGCUCUAUAUUUUCACUUUUUAUAGCUUGCAAUACCGUAUAAGCUUGUAUGGUAAAACGUCAAAUUAUAUCGAGAAAAUUACAAUUAAGAAUUUCGAUGUUGGCAACAUUAAUGUUUUACCACCCUCGGUGAUUUUAUGUAAAUAAGUACAUGUUCAAUGUAAUCUGUGUUUUAGGAAUUAGCUUUUUUACAGUUAAACAGGGUACAGAAAAAUAUCGUACUUUAAUUCAUGAUACAAUUUUGUCAGAAAGCCUUGUUUUAAAAUAAACGGUAAAAAAAUCAGAAAUUACCGAUAUACGUAAAUUAGCUCAUAUCAGAGAAAUCUAGCUUUGUCUUUAAAAUAUAUUCUAGAUUGCAUAUUUAUGUUGUAAUAACUUUAUUGCUUUGUAUGAUGAAUCAAUUAUUGUCAUAUGAAAUAAAUGUUAUGAUCAUGAAUUAGUAUUGUAUGACAAAAAUACGUACGUAUAGGUAUUUGAAAUCUUUUAUAAAAAUAUUACGUAAUGUAAAU